AUGAGCAUCAUUCCUUAUAAGGGCGGACAGACUUUCGAGAACGAAGAGGGCUCUGGCGGAGAGUCCAUCUACGGGCCCACAUUCGAGGACGAGAACCUGCGGAUGAAGUUCCGGGACAAGGGCCUCAUUGCCAUGGCAAAUGGUGGCCCAAACACCAAUGGCUCCCAGUUCUUCAUCACCACCAAGAAGGCGGAUCACCUCAAUUUCAAGUACGUCGGUUUCGGUGAGGUCCUGAAAGGUUAUGAGGUGGUGAAGGCAGUUGAAUCCUUGGGCACCACCGGUGGUGAGCCAGAGGAGAAUGCAGUGAUCGUCGACUGCGGGACUUUGGAUUUUGAGGAGGGGGAGCAGGAGAAGCUGAAAUACCGACGAACGCAGGGCGGUGUCGACCUCACGGUCCGAAACGAGAUGCUCGAAAGGGUGCGCGGUGCAACCCGACAGGGCCUGUGA